AUGAUUACCUUCUCCACGCCGGAGGAGCAAAGUCGCCGGCGAGGGCGUCAGUCCAUCUCGCUUCCGGUGAUCACGCCAAUCGUCAAAUCCAGACUCGAGGACUGGCAGGCCGUCUGUCUGCCAACUGAAGCCAUUCGGCCACUGGCUAACCGUUGGUCCGCUCGUCUGUCUGUAGACGCAUGCUCCAAUAUACAACGAUUUCUGGCUCUAGACAAACAAAAACGACGGCCAAAGCAGGACGCCAAACGACUGGAGGGUCUGUCUGGUGAAGGUGAUUUGGCUGUAUCGAGGCGGUUCUUUCAAGGCUCUACUGAAGUCGACCUGUUGCCGGACGGUGAGAGCCCAACUCCAGUCUGUUCGCCCAAUCGCUUCAAGGACUCCAAUCAAGCAUUCCGUUCCUUGAUCCCUUCCUCAAUCGCCGAUACCUGGCCAACUAAUCAGCAGUCUGGGCAGCCCGGAGAGAUUUUUUGA